CUUUCCACGGGGUGCUAGGUGGCCCGUUCUCCCUGCCAACAGUGCUGGGGGUGCGGGGCCUGUGGCUGAGAAGAGGGCAGGAGAGAUUUCAAUAUUUGUUAUUGUGAAAGAAAAUAGUUUGUCUGAAACAGAGGAGCAGACACUUGAGUUGUCAGUGACUACCUGGAUUUCCCUUCUCUGUUGAUCAGAGGCACAAAGAAGGUGUAGCUUCUGAGCUGAAUGAUGACAACAUUGCAGAGUAAAGAAUAUGGGAAAGGACCAAAGAAAACCUUUGCCCCACCUGCACAAAAAUUGCAUAGCCUGAUGCCCUGUAGCUCCAGCUCACCCAAGGAGGAGACCCUGGGGAUUAGUGCCUCAGAGACAGAGGACAAGCCAAGCCUGCCAAAGGCCAGGUUAAAGAAGAAGGAGAAGAAAGCAACCACAGAGAAUAAUCCAAGCAGUGGCCAGGAGAAAAAAGGAAAGGCUCAAGACAACAAGCAAGCAGAGAAGAAAGAAAAGGAAAAAUCAAGUCUUACCAAUGCAGAAUUUGAGGAGAUUAUCCAGAUUGUGCUACAGAAGUCCCUCCAGGAGUGCUUGGGGAUGGGAUCUAGCCUUGAUUUUCCAGAGAUUUCCUGUGCCCAGCCCAUAAGAUGUACCCAAUUAGACAAGGAACCAGGAAUUGCUUCUUCUACUGCUGAUAAUGAUAAUGCUGAUGGAGAGAUGGUAAUGGUACCUCGUAUUCUAGAAAUUUCAGCUUCUCAGGAAGAUGGAAUAAUCCCUGAGAUAAAGACAUCGAAGCCAGGCCAGCCAGAUCCUGCACCCUCUGAAAAGAAAUUCAAUAGACUCUCCUCAAGCAAAAGGAAGAAAGAAGCUCAAGAUGAGAAAAUGGAGAAAGCCCAAAGUGGACAUGACCACAGACAGAAAGACCAACUGAAGAAAGCAGUUCAGGAUAAUUCUCAGAUCAGAGACCAACAAAAAGGAGAGGGAAGUGGUUUUGGUCAAUGCCUAGUCUGGGUCCAGUGUUCCUCCCCGAACUGUGAGAAAUGGAGGCGGCUUCGUGGGAACAUUGACCCCUCAGUCCUUCCAGAUAGUUGGUCCUGUGACCAGAAUACAGACUUGGAGUAUAAUCGCUGUGAUGUCCCUGAGGAGACCUGGACAGGGCAUGAGAGUGAUGUGGCCUAUGCCUCCUACAUCCCAGGAUCCAUCAUCUGGGCCAAGCAAUAUGGUUACCCCUGGUGGCCAGGCAUGAUAGAAUCUGAUCCUGACCUGGGAGAAUAUUUUCUUUUUGCUUCUCAUCUUGAUUCCCUGCCGUCUAAGUACCAUGUGACAUUUUUUGGGGAAACAGUCUCUCGUGCUUGGAUCCCAGUCAACAUGCUAAAGAACUUCCAGGAGCUGUCUCUGGAGUUAACUGGAGUGAAAAAGUACAGGAACAAGGACUGUAGCCAGAAACUGGGGGCAGCCCUGAUGAUGGCUCAAGAGGCAGAAAAGACCAGUAUUCAGGAGCGGGUUAACGUGUUUGGUUUCCAGAGACGAUACAAUGGAUCAGACAAUAGUGGAGAAGGAAAAGACUUAAUGCUCUCUGGAGCUAACAGCCCAGAUUCCUGUUUGGAAAAAGAAGAGGAAGAGUCAGAGGUAGAGGAGGAGAAGGAAGAGAAAAAAGACCCAACUUUGCCCAGUCCCACGCCAGCCAAAAUUCAGACCAAAAAAGCCAAGGCAGGCAUAGGAGAUGGACGAGAUGGAACUCCGCAAAGGAAGAAAAUGAAGAGAUCUCUGGGAAAUGAGUCUCCAGCUCCUCCUGUACCCAUAAUGGGAAGGAAAGAAGGGCACGGGAAUUCAGACUCGGAUCAGCCAGGCCCUAAGAAAAAAUUUAAAGCUCCCCAAAGCAAGGCCUCUGUAACCAGCUUGUCUGAGGAAAAAGAAGCUAUAAUGGUGCCAAAGGGCCAGACCCCACCAGCUCAUCGCAAGGCCUGUCCCGCGGUGGGGAAAGAAGGGCCUGGACCCCAGGAACCACCGCCUCAAGAGGCUGGAAGUUUCCCCCCUGAUGAUGAAGCCUUCAGUGACCUAGACCUGGACCAACUCAUGGAAGAUGUUGGAAAAGAGCUGGAGCAGAGGGAGGAGCAGCAGCAGAGAGAGGACGCAGAGGAGUUCCCCAUGGCCUUCUUUGAGGAAUAGUUGUGUGUUAAUGUCUCCUUCCUGCUGUCUCACCCUCCUUCCUUGGAGCAAGAGGGGCAGCCUCUCAGAGGGUCCCUGAGAAGCUGAUAAGUGUUGAGGUUGUUCAUUGGCCACAAGGUUAAUUGGCUAAAGUCAGAGUGGUACAGUUUAUGUGUUAAUAAAACAGGUUAUGGUUUAAUCAGUUUGA